UCCAAAGGUCAAAGGAUAAUUGCUGUUUCUUGCCUCUAUCCCCGGAAGAGCUGGAUGUGCAGAGAUGGAAGCCAUUCUUCAGGCAGACCUUAGUAAAGUGCGCGCGCCGUCCGGCGGUGAUCGGGUCUACAAAGACGAGUGCAUCUACUCGUUUCAAACUCCCGAGAGUGAAGGGGGACUGUAUAUUAGCCUCAACUCUUUUGUUGGCCUUGGGCCAGACUAUUUAUCAUUACAUCAUCAGAAAACUGGAGAAACGCUCUAUCUUCAUGUAACUCGUACCAAAAAGCCCCCUGCCCCCCAGCCUGAGGGGGAAGCCCCUCCCGCUAAGAAGCCGACGAGAUUAGCCCUGGGAGUGGAGGGUGGGUUCGAUGGAGGGGCGGAACCUGAAGUGGAGUGGGCGGAGUCUCACCAGAUCGUCGUCAUGCCAACAAAAGCAGCUGUUCCUUAUCCGAACGCAGACCUGCCUCAAAAGAUGAAAGAAGUUGUGGAAGGUGUACUGGCGGCUCCAACAGCCUCGAAAGCCGAAGCCGUUGUGGCGUGGGAAGGAGACAAGAGACCCGUGUCACGUCACGCAGAGAACCUCCGACAAGUGAACAACGGCGUCAGGAUCCCUCCGUCGGGCUGGAAAUGCAAGAAAUGCGACCUCACCUCGAAUCUAUGGCUUAACCUGACGGACGGAUCCAUUCUGUGCGGUCGACGCUACUUUGACGGUUCCGGGGGGAACAAUCACGCCGUGAAACACUACGAGCGACAUCGCUACCCGCUGGCCGUGAAGCUCGGGACCAUCACCUCUGCAGGAGGAGACGUGUAUUCCUACGCCGAGGACGACAUGGUGGAAGACCCGAAACUGGCUCAACACCUGCAGCAUUUCGGGAUCAACAUUGCCUCCAUGACCAAGACGGAUGCCACCAUGACAGAGCUGGAAAUCGAGGCCAACAUGAAGUUGAGUGACUGGAGCAUCAUCCAGGAGGCGGGCCAGCAGCUGACACCGUGCUACGGACCAGGUUACACCGGACUGGUGAACCUAGGAAACUCCUGCUACCUCAACUCCGUAGUUCAGGUUCUUUUCUCUCUCGAUGAGUUCAAACAGAGGUACUAUGCCAGGGCAGAGGAAGUGUUGGCUGGAGGACCUCCUGUAGCCAACAAUGACUUCACCAUGCAAAUGUGUAAGCUGUCAGUGGGUCUUAUCUCAGGACGUCACUCAAAGCCACCAACUGACGAGCCGGCUAAUGAAGGAGCUGACAACAACAAACAGACAAACACCCAGAAAGGUAUAAGGGCGGCCAUGUUCAAGAUGCUGAUCGGUAAAGGUCACGUUGAGUUCAGCUCAAACAGACAGCAGGACGCCUCAGAGUUCCUCCUCCAUCUCCUCGCCACCAUCCAGAGGACCGACCGCGCCCUGGCAGAGUCCGACUCUCUCUCCCUCGUGUCCCUGUUCCAGUUCCAGGUGGAGGAGCGGAUCCAGUGUAUGGAAUCGGGACAGGUCAGAUACGUCACUAGGGAGGACAGUGUUUGGCGACUUCCCGUUUCCAUUGACGACGCAACUAAUAAGUCGCAAUACAAGAAGUGGGUCAAGAAGAAGGCAAAGCUUAGAGCUGCAAAGGAGAGAAUAAAGCCAGAGGAUGAAGUAAGAGCGGAAGUGCCGUUUGCAGCCUGUCUGAUGAGGUUUGAGUCUCCCGUGGAACUAAGUGACUUCUACAGCACUGCUGUGAACGAAAUUUCACUAGCCAGCAAGACGAGUCGUUUUGCUACUUUUCCAGAGUAUCUUAUCCUCCAAAUGAACAGAUUCUUCAUCGGCGAUGACUGGACACCCCAGAAAUAUGAUGUUGAAAUAGUUGGCAUUCCCGAAGAACUCGACAUAACCUCGUUAAGGGGGCGUGGUCUACAGCCCGACGAGGAGGAGCUCCCCGAGGGUGAUGCUCCGCCCACCGACCCUGAACCGGUUGCCGUGGAGAUUGACGAGGGUAUUGUUAUGCAGCUGGUAUCCAUGGGAUUCGACGUUGAAGGCUGCAAGAAAGCCGUCUUCCACACAAAGAACCGAGGUGUAGAGCCGGCAAUGAACUGGGUGCUGGAGCACAUGGGCGAUCCCGGUCAGUAUACUCCUGUAAUCCUUUGCAUAUUCAUCUUUGCAUACCCCUUUAAACUUCAUGUCUGUUUGCAUAUUCCAGUAAUCUUCAGUAAACCAUUUUGUGUUGCUGUAAUCUUCAGUAAUCCCUUGUAAUCCUCUGGAAACUGUCAGAUUUCUCAGCUCCAUUCACUCCACCUCAACCCAACGCACCAUCGACCAGUGCUGGCGCAGACGAAGGUGCGGUUGCCAUAGUGAUGUCGCUAGGGUUCACGAGAGAUCAUGCAUUGAGAGCUCUGAAGGAGACGGGUAACAACGUUGAGCGAGCGGCCGACUGGGUGUUUAGCCACACCGACGAACUGGACGCCAUGGAAACGGAGGAGGCGGGGUCUGGGGCAAGGAAAAAGUGUCCAGAUGGACCAGGCAAAUAUCGACUCCAUGCGUUCAUCAGUCACAUGGGUACCUCAACACUAUGUGGCCACUACGUCUGUCACAUCAAGAAAGAAGGGCGAUGGGUCAUCUUCAACGACGAAAAAGUUGCCGAGUCAGCAGCCCCACCCAUAGGCCACGCCUAUUUGUACUUCUACAAGAGAAUAACGAGCAGCUAGCUAAAAAAUAACGUUUUUAGGUAAUUUCGAAACACUUAUUGUCGCAUUCAAAAAAUUAUACGUUGGAACCAAUAAUAUGUAC